GGGGCCAGCCAGCCAGCCCAAGCCCGACACGGAGCGGUGGGGCCCGCCCCGCUUCCGUUCUCGCCGGAAGCCGGGAUCCUUCCCGUUCUCCGCCCGCUCGUCCGUCCGUCCGUCCGUCUGCCCGCUGCUAUAAAUACACGGCUCGUCACCCUCCCCGCUCCCGUUCGUUGCCGUCCCCCCCCCCCCUCUCGGGUCACACAUACGGGCUGGCAAUUCUCUGCUCCCUGCUUCGUUUUCCAGCGGCCACGCACGCGGUCGGGUUGCGUUUGCGUCUCCCCUCCGGCACCCAAGCUUCCGUCACCUCUUCCUUCCCCAAGCCGUCGGUCUCCGCCGCUGGCCUGCCGGGUGGGACUCGGCGUGGGCGCGCCUGGACCGGACCGGACCCGCCCGCGAGGAUGCGGAGAUGCUAAGUAGGAAUUCUUCUCGGACCUCCACCAAGCACCUGUUAUCUGUGUAUGCGGAGAAGUUAGAUUAUUAAGUGCAGUUGGGCCUGACUUGUUUUAUGGCUCGAAAUAAUGAGGGCCAUCUCGAGCUGCCAGAGAUGGAUCAAAUUCAACCCAAGAACAUCCCACACAAUGAAUCACUGCCUCUAGGCCAGAAGCUUCUCCUGCAUCAUGGAAGUGAUGCGCCCCUUAGAAUUGGUCAUUCAAGUCAUGGAAAUAUGGGACUUAGAAUAAAUGAUCUUCCAUCUUCAAGUCGCACUGUGCAGACUCUAGGUUAUAGAGUUGGGAACCCAGGAACCUCGCAUGCUCCCUUUGUUCAUUUUCAUGCUGGAAGUUCUGGUAGCCAUUUACCAGACCCUGCUGUGAAUUAUCCACAUAGGUCUGAGGAAGGCUUCGCUCCAGUGGGUUCCCAUAUGGACAACAGAAGGGCUGCAAUGAAGCGAAAAGGUCCCAGUGUACACCCUGCAGGGAUCAGUGCUACUGGUUAUUAUGUUGGAAGUUCUUCCAGUACUCAGCCAUCUAACUCUGUGCAGCCAAAUGCAGCUCCACUUGCUGAGCCCUUUCUCCGUCAAAUACCUUUAAGCAUUGACCAAAGUGGUUGGGAUAUCCAACACUUGAUUCACCAAGAAGGGUUUCAGAGGAAUGUGAGAGCACGCCACAGUAGUAUUCCAUUAGUACCCAGAUCAGCUUCAACAUACCCAUUAAACAUAAACAGUGUUCAUGUGCCGUCAUUCGGUUCAACCGCAAGUGCUUCCUCAAGUGCACCAGUGGAAAUGAACCAAGUGCCUGUUUCUUUGCCAACAAGAACUCUACCAUCAGGUGCACCAGGUAUGACUAGCAGGGUCCCAACAGGGAGGGCUUACUAUCCUGUGGUUGGAAGCAGCAGCAGCAGCUCAAGUGUUGGUGCUGUCCCAACUAUCCACGGAUCAUCUGGCGCUGCAAUGUUUGCUAACGGUGGCUAUGUUCCUAGUAGUGUUCAUGCUGGAACUGUUCCGAUCUUCCCUAACCCAGCGCCUGCUACUUCAUCUGGCUCCAGAGCCAUGCCCCACCAGAUGGUCAUUCAGAGUCAUCCAGCUGCUACUUCCGCAGCAACAUCUACAUCCAUGCGGACCGCCCAACCAUCAUUACCUGCCAGAACCGCAGCGGCUUCCAGACAUGCAAGGCAUGUGUCAGCAGGGCUUGCCAACAACGGAAGGUACAGAAGGGCCAGGAGCUCUUACUACAGGCUUCAUCCAUUGAUGGUAGAGGCAGAGCGGUUCAUGAUGGACCACUUGGUCUUCUACGAAUCGAGAGCAGCAGCUGCUGACCCCCACAGGGACAUGAGACUGGACAUUGACAACAUGAGCUACGAGGACCUGUUGGCUCUGGGAGAAGCUAUGGGCAAUGUCAACACAGGCCUGGCCGAUGAAAAAGUUUCCGAGUGCGUGAAAGAAGUGGUCUGCUGCAGUUCUGACCACACGCAGAUGGACCAAGACGACGGAAGCUGCGCCAUUUGCCUGGAGGACUACAGAGACAAGGAGGCGCUGGGAAUACUCAAGUGCAGGCACGACUUCCACGCCGGCUGCAUCAAGAAGUGGCUGCAGACGAAGAACUCGUGCCCGGUGUGCAAAGCGGCCGCGGCCUAGUAGGGAGGGACACGCCAGAUGAGGAGGAGGAGGAGCAAGCGACUGUUGCGCUCGAUCCGAUUCAUUUUUAGGCUCAGGUCAAGAUGUAUGCCGUCUCAUUCUUUUUUUUCCCAUCCUCCUAGCCAGGGCAGCCGUGUAAAUAGAUGCUCUUAUGGGAUUAACUAUUUUCUCUUGGGUUACAUUGGCCCAGAUUCUUUUGUUGUAUUUAACAAUAACAACCCAGUUGUGGAAGACUGGAAGGUAUUGAUCGUCAAGUGGUUAUACAUUAGUCUCAUGUCGGGGUUUUCGGAUCCGCCGACACUUGAAAUUA